AUGGAUAUCCGCGUCCUCACCAGUGCGGACCUCCCCCUCAUCCAGCACGCCAACCUCGAGAACCUCCCCGAGAACUACUUCCUCAAGUACUACCUCUACCACGCCCUCUCGUGGCCCCAGCUCAGCUACGUCGCCGUCGACGUCUCGCGCCCCAAGAAGAACCCCUACGAGUACCCCAAGAUCGUCGGCUAUGUCCUCGCGAAGAUGGAGGAGGAGCCCACCGACGGCGUCCAGCACGGCCACAUCACCAGCCUGAGCGUCAUGCGCACACACCGACGGUUGGGUAUUGCGGAGAAGCUGAUGCGACAGAGCCAGCUCGCUAUGGUCGAGACAUUCCAGGCCAAGUACGUCUCCCUCCACGUCCGCGUCUCCAACGCCGCGGCCCGCCACCUCUACGAGGACACCCUGGGCUUCAAGAACGAAAAGACAGAGUCCAAGUACUACGCCGACGGCGAGGAUGCCUUUUGCAUGCGCCUCGACCUCGACGACAUCAAGGCCCAGGUCGACGAGGCCGCCGAGGACGAGCACGACGACGAGGGUGAAGCCGUGGGCGAGGUCGGCCGAGACCCCGAGGCCGACAAGAAGAAGAAGAAGAUCAAGGUCGCUGUGGGGAGGGGACUGGGCGUUGGUGCGUUGGUGGAAAAGGACGAGUCGAAGCACUAA